UGUCUAUCUCAAGCAAGGAGCACAGUAUUGUGCAACAAGAAUUGCUCUUUCGUUUAACCUAAGAAAAAAUCCAUUAAUUACUUCUUUUCAACAAAAUUGGCACGCUUUGGGGAUUGUCUGACAAUAAUUGAAUUCCAAGCAACUUAGCUUUUUACAGAAUUUGUUUCUUGCCAAGUCGCAAUUUUUCACGAAGAGCAUCCUCCUCUGAGUAAAUCCUUCGUAAUAUACUUGUAAAAAAGAAACAAUCAGAAGACUCGACCAGAAAAAUCAAUCGGUACCAUGAGAAGUUUUUGCAGGAGUGCAGAAAAACGAAUGAUGGUGAUGUCGAGGGAUGAGGACAUCGAGGUGCUGCUUUCAAGCAUAUAGAUUUAGCCUCGAGUAGAGUAGCGCCGCUUUAAUCGGCCACGGGUCGGUAUGAGACGUUAUUCAUCUGGUUAAAUGAAAUCUCAAGUAUCUCUUUUAUCAAUGGAAAAUGAAUGAAAUGCGAAUAUAUGUACAUACACAAGUUUAUGAUACAUUUGUUUAUUUUAGAUAUAUACACACACACAUGUACAAAGCUAGAAGCACGGUUCAUGAAGCAGGAAAACGGGGAUAGCGAUGGCUAGUUAACGAGGCAAAACCCCAGCCAAUUAAUGCGGCACUAUUACGCUAACACAUCUGUUAACAAUGGAAUAGAAGAUCCUUUGAAUUUCUGGGACACGCGAAAAAAAGCCGCCCAUUGUCUGGAAUUUCCCUAUUUGUAAUUCUUACAGUGUUUCACAUCGGCGAACGUUGCGUUUAUCGAUUGCUUUAUCGUGUCUCGCGUUCUUCGUGCAUUCAGAAACGUAAAGAGUUUCGUGGAUAAUUAUGAAACUCAUCUAUCAAUCGUUUAUUAUUUAUCUUGUCAAUUAGAUUACGAAUCGCUGUUUCUAGAAAGUCUGAAUUUGUUUCUUGUACAUUUAUUUUUAUAUUCGUUGAUAUAGCAAUGAGAAAGCUAGAUUAAGAAUUUUUCAUAUCUGAAAGCUUCGGAGUUUUCAAACGUAAUUUUUUUAAUACAAGUAAUGAAAUUACUCGAAAAUUUGAAAGGAAUAAAGGGUCAAAUAUCCAUUGUUAGUAGGUGUACGUACAUGCAUCACUAUCCCUGCACACUUACGUCAUAGUUACCCUGUGUGCAGACCGGUGCACCCUUACCACGUAAAGCGCUGCAGCAGCAGCAGCAGCGGCGGCGGCGGCGGCGGCGGCGGCGGCAGCGGCAGCAGCAGCAGCAGCAGCAGCAGCCCGUCCUCCUUUCUUCGUGUACAUAUCAUUCUUAGUGGAGGGGAUGAGAUUGGUGGCAUUUCAGUGACGUCAGAGUCGAUCGUCAGGCGCAAACUGGGGGUUUGCGCCCACCAUACUACGUCAGAAUGACGAGCCGAUAAACUACCCCAUCAGGGUUUUCUGCGGCGGGCGGGCCAACGGUCUUAGGGUGGCCGCCGUUGGUUUGGCCGACGAUGGCGAACUCGGCGGGGACAACGGUCGACGGUAUCGACGUCGGCGAGAAUGACGGCACGACAGGUGUAACCGGUGGCGGGCCUAGGAAUCCCCUCAUCUGCGGCGUCUGCCACGACUAUUACAACGAGCCCUGUCUGCUGUCCUGCUUUCACACCUUUUGUGCCCGCUGCAUCCGCGGCCCUCAUCUUGAGGGAAAGGUCUCCUGUCCCAUCUGCGGGCAACAAACGCAGCUGAAAGAUGGAGCGCAACUACCACCGCCCGAUCAGCUGAUACGUCAACUGGUUGAAUUGGCAAACUCUGAGAAUCCACCAUGUGCCAACUGUGAUAAACGUGACAAGUCUACUAUGUUUUUUUGUACAACAUGUGGCCAAGCACUGUGUACACACUGCAGAGAGCACACCCACCGUGCAAAGAUGUUCUCUACGCACGAAGUGCUGCAUAUGAGCAAAUGCGCCAAGGAUACCCAACGACGUUGCCCGACCCAUGGGGAACAGUAUAUAAUGUAUAGUCAAAGUGCCAAGUGCAUGCUCUGCGCUACUUGUUUUCGUGACACUCCUGCAGAUGCGAGGCUUCACUGUGUCGACAUUGAAAGUGCCUGGCAGCAGGCUUCGAAGAAGAUGGAAAGGGCUGUUAAUUCUAUCUGUGAGCUGCAAGCUGGCGUGCGGGAUGGGGUGUUAGCUUUAAAGUCGCAACUGGACGAGCUACGACAUAGUUUGGAUUCCGAAAAGAGGGCGUUGAAUUCCUUCUGUCAAGGAAUGCAGGAGGCCAUAACGAAGACGCACGGGAGUGCUUUAACGGAAUUGCAACGACAGUUCGAAACGAAGGAGAGGAUGGUUCGCAGCCAAUUGCUUUCGCUAGGUAGCGCACUUCCUGUGCUGCAAAUGCAUUUAAUGCUGUGCACCGCGUUCACCAGCGGCGCGACGAAAUAUCAGUUUCUCGAACUAGCCCAUCCUAUGUUGGAACGACUAAGUCGAGUCGCACAAUUAGGAUAUCCAUCAAGACCGCCUUUAUUGACCGCGCAUUUGAAGUCCAACUAUAAGAACGAAUUCGCUCGUGCGUUGCAACCGUACGUUGGUCAGACACAAACCCAAAAGGAAUCGUUAUACGAUCAGACUCAAACGAUGGCUCAACAGGAUCCGCCAGUGAUUCAGAGCAGCAAGUCUGCUCAGAGGAUUGCGGGGCCCAAGAGCGGGACCGACGGUGGACCGUUUUCCAGUCACUGCCGAACAUUUGAUACUCAGCUGAAGGAAUUGAAUCAACAGUUGCUCACUGUAAAGGAACGUUUAGGGGAGUUGCACCGCGAUGUGGCAUUUCUGAGAAGAGCUAACACACCUCCCUUGGGCACGCGUUACGAACAGGUGGCGAGGGAUUGUCGGGUGCUGGAACAACAAUUAGAACACUAUCAGAUGGAACUGGAACGUCUUAGAAACGUGUUCGACACACUUUGGGACGAACAGUUAUGUAGAAUUCACAUAGAAAAAGAAAUAUUUCAUUCUCAGAUGAACGAUAUCCUAUCGUUGAGAAGUCAGGUAAAACAAUUGCAGAAUCUUGCUCAACAAUUAGAACCGUUCAUAAAAUCUUUCGCAACUGGGGUUAAUGCUGGCGAAGUGAGCAUGACAGCCUCCGAUGUAGCCAGUAAUCAGCAUUUGCAGAUGUUACUGGACCACUUGGCACGUUUACAAACGCAGGAGCCACCGCAACCGCAAACUCAAGCCCCGACGAAGGAUCACCGACAUUCGCGUACUACCACCAGUGCGGAUAACGCGCUUUAUAUGAAAGAAACGAAGGAGGUACCGACACGUUGUCGCACCCCUUCUGGUGUUGGGGCUGUCCUGGAUUCGAGCGGAAACAUCGUUGUGUACGGGACGGCUAAAUCUUCGGAUCCGAAAAGAGGAGUGCUUAGCCAAUUGAUUGAAAAAGCUCGAAGUAAGGAAGAUCGUAAGAAGUCACCAGGAAGAGAGGAAAGUCGUGAUCGUAGCCAAAGUCGACGACCGAGGAAGUCUCCCGAUAGUACGAAGCCUAAGACACCGCCUGGUCAUUGGUCUGCCAGCAAAGUACGAUCUUUGUAUCGAUCUCUGAAGGGUGGUAGCGGAGAUAAUUCUGCCGAGGGACUCGAUCAACCGGAAAGGUGUACGGAUUCCCAGCAACCACAGUCGCACACGACUGCGGGGGAAGAAGGAGAGUAUCAACGAAUUUCGGAGGCGUCCAGUACGGGAGAGGUGAAGAAGCGUGUCCAGGCUCAGGUACACGCGGUUCCUGACGAGCAAUCGAUUUCUGCAGGCAAGGGAACCAAGGUGUAUCCGGCCAGCGACUCCGAGGAUGUAUUCUACGCGGACGAGAAGACGGAGGUGAGGAGGCGACGACGCGCGAGCUGCGACAGCCUAAGUACGACCGGCUCGGGAAGCAGGCGAUCGAGUAUCGUCGAUGGGACGGUAGGUCAAUCCGUGCAGGAUCCCAGGAAAACAAUGGUUCUUUUGAUCGGGCCUACACCGAAGUCGUCGUCUCUGGUGCAGAAGCAGCGUUCCUGGGAAACGUUUCCUCGGCCGAAAAGCAAACGCAGCGUAACAGCCAGCGAGGGUGGUACCUCAUCUCUCAGCCAGCUGAAGAAAACGGACAGUUUUGAGGGGCAUGAGGAAACUGUGAGAACGCUGGUGGCGGCCGUGCAGGAGACAAGGUCGCAUCUGCAUCAUCGUCACGUGCAUCACCAUCGCCAUCACCGAAAGAGCAAGACGAAUUAAAACGACAAAGACGGUCGGUCGGUCGGUCUUGGUCGAGGGAAAGCGCACGGUGAAGGUUUUAAAGAGCUUUUUUCCAAGAGGUAUCCAGCCCGGAUGGUCAAAGUGCGGAAGUAGAUGUUGACUGUAGAAAGAAAACUAAAUCGAAAUAAAAGUAUUUAGUAGACUGUUCUGGGUAGUUAGGCUGCGUUUGGCUAUCCGGGAGGGAAUCGAUACCCUCCAAAAUAAUGCCUAGCAUACAUCGGGGAAAAUAUUAUCGAAGGACUGUACUUUUUCGAUCGAUAGCAUAUUGUUAUUGGGGGAGGGGGGGGGGGGGAGCAUUGUCAUGCAAAAUGGUACUACGAGGAUUUUUUUCCGAGUAUUUUGAGCAUUUUAUUAGAGAUGUUAUAAUAAAAGUAAAGAGCAUUUCGUGUGAUGUAUGUAAUACCACAGACGAAGAUGAUCGUACGAAUGAUAGAAAUCGUUUAUCGCUAUAAACUGCCACUGAUUAAAGCAUCUUCGACAAGUGCAUAUUUUUACUUUUACGAUACAUUGUAAAUUUUUCGAAUGUUUUAUUUUUCGGUCUGGACCAAGGAGUGUUUUCAACGUUUAUAUAAUCAUCUUGUAUGAAUUGGUCGAGUAAUUUCUACUCCCAUGUAUGUCUAGUCAAAGUUGUUUCAGGGUCAACCAGCCUUCAACGUAGAGCAGUCUUCAAUUUUUUAUCGAACAGCGUUUUGAUUGCACUUUGAAGCGCCGAAGGUCACAAUAUCGCUGCCAAUAGUGAAAUAAUACGUAAAAGAAGUCUACAUAUUAUAUAUGCAUAUAUAAAAGAGAAAAAAGAAAAUUGAUAAAUGAUACUCUUAUUGUUGAUGCAGCCCUUACAUGGUGCAUAAGCAUUCAAAGGCUCGAAAUAGGAUUAGAGGGAUACGUCGAUAAAUUAUAUGUGAGUAUACACAGAGUUAGGAUUUAAUUAAUACUAUUACCAUUACUAAUAUUAUUACUACAAAAAUAUAUAAGAAGAAAAUAAACAAGACGAAGAAGAAGAAGAGGGGGAAUGAAGGAAAUAAUUUUCCACGCUGCUCAAAUCGUAUGUUUUCUGUUAACUUGGAUUAUAGAAUUGGAUUAGGAGAACUGAAUUUUGUAAAUUGAAUGAUCGAAAUUGAAUCGUAAAAAUUAGAAUUUAUAUAUAACAAAUUCCAUGAUACUCUGUACACUGUACACUGAAUCUAUAGUUAAACGACGAAUAAAUCAUCGAUUGUACAUGAAAAAUCGAAACGACAGUACUUGUCCUGAUAGAAAAAGGCAGCCUAAUUACAAGUAUAUUUGUAAUUUGCCAAAUACACGAGGAUCCAUCGUCUGCGAUUGUACUCCAAUUACAUGGGUGUAUAAUUGCGAUAAAUGUUUUUACAAUUACAUACACGUGUGUCAAAUAUUGAAGUGAAUGUUUCACUAGAAGUACAGCCUAUGCAAUAUUUAUCACUGAAAACGAAGGUUCCUCGUGAAAGUUAAAUACAAUCGUUAAAGAAUUAAAAAGAUAUCGUGAUCUUUGUACAGAUCAUGAGUUAUAAUUAUAGUAAAUGUACACGAUUAAUUAUGUAUGAGAAAUGUCGAAUUGCUGAUAAUAGAGAAAUAUACAAGUUAUGAAGUA